ACUUUGAUAGAGAAGAGAGUGAGGAAAUUGAAGUUGUAUAAAGCUGCAAUGAGUGGAGACUGGGAGACAGCCGAAGGAAUUCUUGACAAAUAUCCCGAAGAAGUUAAGACUAGAAUGAAUACAGAAGGGCAGACUGCUCUGCAUAUCGGAACUGCAGCAAGCCACACUCAUUUUGUUGAACAGCUGAUUAAUAAGAUCCCUGAUGAAGAAAAUACAUCUGGGUACUUAAAUAUCAAAACUUACACAAGCGUGCGGCCUGAUGAUGAAGGAAACGCAGCAACGGGAAAUACAGCAUUUUUCUAUGCCGCCGCAUCAGGAAAUGUGAAAAUUGCCCAAAUAAUGCUGGAAAAGAACAAGGAUUUGGCAAUGAUCGAAGGCAGAGGAAAUGUCUUACCUAUUCAUAUUGCAGCUUUGCUUGGCCGUGGGAAGAUGGUGCGCUACCUUUAUAAGGAAACUAAAUAUGAGCUACAGGCCACUCAAAUUGAAGAUCUCAUUGCUUUCCUCGUGGCCUUGAUCAACGCUGAUAUAUAUGAUGUUGCGAUGAAAUUGGUAAAGGCGAAGCCAGAGCUAGCGAUUGAAAAAGACAGCCAAAAUGAGACAGCAUUACAUGCAUUUGCCCGAAAGCCUUGUAAUCAUAAACACGCAAUUCCAAGUUCUCCAUUGAUGAGGCUCUUUUCAGGCUUGAACAUAUUUGGGAAAAAAAAUCAAUUGCAGAAAGAAGGCCUUGAGCUAGCUAAAUUUAUUUGGGAGAAAAUAGUAUUGUUGGAUGAUCAAAGAAUUUCUGGUUUGAUGGUCGGAAAUUCUGGUCAGAAACUAAUAUUUAUCGCAGCAAGACAAGGAAAUGCGGAGUUCCUGGCAACCCUUAUAAGUUCAUACCCUGAUUUAGUAUUGAAAGUGGAUAAGAAUAAAUAUACCAUAUUUCAUAUAGCUGUAAAGCAUCGGCAUGUCGAAAUCUUCAAGUUGAUAUAUGAGAUUGGUUCAAUUACGGACGUAAUAAACGUAUACAGAGAUGGGAACGGGAAUAACAUGUUACAUUUAGCUGGAAUGUUGGCACCGGCAUCUCAACUAAAUGUUGUACCAGGAGCAGCUCUUCAACUGCAGCGUGAGCUAUUGUGGUUUGAGGAAGUGAAAGAGGUUGUUAGUCUACGUGAAAUGGAAGAAAAAAAUAAAAAAGGGGACACUCCAAGAGAUGUAUUAUUGAAACAACACAAAGGAUUAAUGCAACAAGGGGAGAAUUGGUUGAGAAAUACUGCAAAUUCAUGCAUGCUUGUUGCAACACUUAUUGCCACUGUGGUUUUUACAGCAGCUUUUACUGUACCUGGUGGCAUUGGACCAGAUAAUGGGAUUCCUAUUUUACUCAACCGGAUUUGGUUUAAAAUUUUUGCCAUAUCGGAUGCAAUAUCCUUAAUAUUCUCAGCUUCUUCGGUAUUAUGCUUCCUGUCCCUUCUUACUUCUCGAUUCUCAAUAGAAGAUUUUCGCUUCUCAUUGCCUACAAAAUUAGUUUUUGGACUCUUUUUCCUUUUUGUAGCAAUUUUAGCAAUGAUGGUAGCGUUCGUUGCAACAUAUUUCAUUAUUUUCAAACAUGGAUUACACCGGUUUGCUCUUCCAAUUGCUGGAAUUGCUGCUAUUCCAAUCCUUUUGUUCUUUGUUCAGCACGUCCGUCUCUUUGUCCAAGUAAUUGGUUCAACUUAUAUGUCUUUCCUACUUUUCAGGUGCAGAAAAAAUACUCUCUUUCCCAGGAGGAGAUCAAAGUUCACAUUGAAAUUAAAAAAUCUGCUUAAAUUCAAAAAGUAGCUCCGUUUGUAUCAUCCUGUUUGUUCUAUAAUGUUUUGUAAUCCGUUCUUGUCAGAAAUAUGUUGUUU